AUGGCUUCCUAUAAUUCCUUCAUUUUGGCAAUUUUCAUUGCUAUUUCCUUCUCAAACAUGGACAUUACCCUAGCAGCUCGCAAUCUUCUUCAGACAACAAAUCCAACUACACCUACACUUCCAAAACCAACAUUGCUGCCACCUUUGCCAACAAUCCCUGCAGCAUUGCCAAAACCUACUCAGCCAUCUAUUCCCCAGUUCACUCUUCCACCACUUCCAAACACUUUGCCGACAAUAUUCCCUUUCUUUUCUCCACCACCUUCAAAAACCAACCCUUGA